AUGAUGCGCCUGAAGGUCCUUCCAAACUCAAAGUCGACUUGAAGUUAUGUUAAGCUGAUGAUCGCUUGUUGCUCCAGAUGCUGAGGCCAGCGCCACCUUGCGCCCUCUUUGGCGUGGACCUGAGAAUGUGCUUGCGCGUUCGAUCCGACUGCCUUCUUGUGGCGCCAAAGUCGAUCCCUCUUCCGAACAAAAAAAAAAAAUUAAAAAACCCAACCGUCAAGGAAGGUAGGCGGAUUUACGCAGUGGUUCUGGUCUGAUUUUGCACGUGCUGAAUGCCGGCCUUCAUAAUCCGCAGCACUUCUUCCGUCCGUACGCGAAAGCGGUCGUUGCGCUCCCGAGGCUAUGCAAAUUCCACAAGGCGGCGCAGGAUGCAGUCGAGAAGCUCGUCCGGGAGGAGCGGUUGCUCGACUGUGAGCUCGAAGAAACUCCGAAGAUCCACGGUCGAUGCUCACUCAAGGACUCACCUAACGAAUUUAAUCCUUCCUCGCAUCGGCCAUGGAUUGAGCUCGCCUCAUCCGAUUGUCUUGGUCGGACGAUCCCGUCAACUGUCGAACGUUGUUCUUCGACAGACUGGAGAAGGAGCAUCACAACUCGCGGUACGCGCGUGCCAUCAAGAAUCUCGAGGAACUCGAAACGGUCGGUCCGCUACUUCCUCUCUGCUCAGCAUCGUACAAGGCGCUCGUCUGGCUCGGCGACAUCCUCGAGAAUCUUGAUGGCAGGCGCGUACAGCGAGUUGUGAUGCUCCAUCUGCAGUCCGUCGACAAACAACCUUCGACAGUUGACGGAAUCGUCCGACCAAGACGAUCGGAUGA